AUGGCCCCACCAACCUGUGGCUGUGCCGGCGUUGAGAACAAGUCAAUGGCAUCCAUGGAGCCAACGAUCUUCCCAGCGUCUGAAACGGGCGAAGAGAAUCAGAGUUUAAUAUCUGAUAUUGCGGGAUGCUUGAAACACGACGCUGCCGACGGCGAUCUUCCUCUGUCCCACGAGGCUCAGUGCGAUGUGUUCUACAUCGCAUGGGCCAUCCUGCUUGAGUGUUUCACUGGUCUUGAUCAUGUGUGUUUCGGGUUCCGGAGUGAGCACAUGCCAGCCGCAGAAUCGGGACGCUACAGCACAGAAGGUCACACAUCUGCCAUGCAGGUGCACGUUCUUGCCGAUCAGAGUGUUCAGAACCUGCGUGCUGGGAAUCAUGCUGCUGUGGUGCUGGUACCCGAGAGCACGGCUAGGACACAUUUCAACACCACGCUUUCCAUCUGUAGCUUGGACGACGAGCACGAUGGAACUACCUAUUCCUCUCCAUGGUGCAAGAUCCACAUGCGUGUUGAUCCCGUCACCCUCAAAACGGUUUUGUCAUGGAAUCCUACCUUCAUGACACGAACACAGGCGGACAGCAUCAGCAACACCUACACCAAGAUAUUUAGAGAAAUUGUCGCACACCAAGAGACAAUUAUUUCCACUCUCAAAUACUGCAGUCAGCAUGAUGAGAGACAGAUCAUGGCUUGGAACAGCACUCCCAUGAGCCACGUGCAGAGAUGUAUCCACCAAGCCAUUACAGAACAGGGCACCCUGCGCCCAGAUGCAGAGGCAGUCUGUGCCUGGGACGGCAGCUUCACAUACGCACAGCUCCUAUCCUUCUCAGAUCGACUUGCAUCUCACCUGCAGACACUGGGCGUUGGUCCCGAGGUGUUUGUACCCAUCUGCCUGGACAAGUCAAAGUGGACCGUCGUUGCUAUGCUGGCGAUCCUCAAAGCCGGCGGCAUAUUUGUCCCGCUGGACCCUACCCAGCCCUUACUGCGCUUGCAGGCGUUGUCACACAAAGUAGAUGCCAACACUAUCUUGUGUUCCCCCCAGCACCAGGCUAUGCUGAAGAGUGUAGCCCCCGAGUUGAUACCGGUUGAUGCACAGCUCUUCGAAAGAUUGGCUGAGCACAGCGGAGAGGUCGACUGUGGAUCUUGGGACAAUGGAGCUUACAUGAUCUUCACGUCCGGCACCACGGGAGAGCCCAAGGGUGCUUUGAUACAGCAUGGUGCUCUUCUGUCGAGUGCACUCGCCCACGGGCCUGCUAUGAUGAUGGACAACAACACGCGAUCACUCCAGUUUGCCGCGUCGACAUUUGAUGUGAGCAUUACUGAGAUCCUCAGCUGUCUGAUUCUGGGUGGAUGUGUCUGCAUACCCAGUGAGGAAGCCAGGUUGAAUGCCAUUGAGGAGGCUAUUACCCAGCUUCAAGCCAACUGGGCCCUAUUGACACCCACAUUCGUCAAAUUCAUCAACCCCGCCAAUGUCCCCUCUCUCAAGACCCUUGUCACCGGCGGAGAAGCCAUGACCCAAGCUGUCAUCCGGUCAUGGUCUCACAUCAACCUCAUCAACUGCUAUGGACCUGCAGAAACAUCUGUUGUCUCGCAUGUCCAUCGGGGUAUGAGGGAGGGCAAGAACCCAUUGAAUAUUGGUCACCAGGUUGGUAUCCAUUGCUGGGUUGUUGAUCGGUACAACCACGACCGUCUCAUGCCCAUUGGAGCGGUCGGAGAGCUAGUCAUCGAAAGCCAUACGCUUGCGCGGGAAUACUACAAGGAGCCUGACAAGACGAGCGAGGCUUUCAUCGUCGAUCCUGCUUGGACAAGUCAUCAACCACACCCUGACAGCCCCAGGAGGAUGUACAAAACUGGUGAUCUUGUCAGAUACAACCACGAUGGCACCUUUCACAUCGCCGGCCGCAAGGAUGCACAGAUCAAGUUCCACGGUCAGCGCAUUGAGCUUGGCGAGAUCGAGCACCAUAUCAACGCCAGCGUCAGCAUCAAGCACGGCAUGGUGGUACUUCCCAAGAAAGGCUUCUGCGAGGGCAGACUCUUGGCUGUUGUUCAACUCAGCGAUGCUUCGGCCAAGGACCUUGUACCAAAGGGUCAGCCUUACAAGCUGAUCGACGGCCCCCUCGCAGAUAUCGCGCAUGCCAAGGUUGAAGAGACAAAGGCACUUCUUGCUGAGAGAUUACCUGCGUACAUGGUCCCUUCUAUGUGGCUUCCGCUGGAGUUCAUCCCCCGUCUUCAAUCGGGGAAGCUUGAUCGCAAGCAGACAGGGAAGUGGGUUGAGGACAUGACCGAGGAUUUCUACCGACAACUCAACCCCAUCGCUGUCAACGGCGAUUCCAUGACUUUGACCUUUUCGAACGACACAGAGUCUGAGAUACACAAAGUCUGGACUCACGUGUUGAACCUCAAACCAGAACAACUCGGUCUCAACCAGUCGUUCUUGAGUGUCGGUGGCGAUUCCAUCUCUGCCAUGCAAGUCAUGAGCGAGUGUAAGAAGCGUGGUCUAGGUCUGACUGUCUCACAUAUCAUCAGUUGCAAGUCCAUCACUGCACUCGCACUACAGGUGAGAGAUAUUGAGAAGCCAACACUUCUACAAGAAUCUGUGGGUACACCUUUCGGGCUUUCACCUAUCCAGAAGCUGUAUUUCUCGAGACCGAACCAUGAUCAGGGACAUUACAACCAGAGUUUCCUUCUUCGUACGAGUCGGCAUGUUGGCGAGACGGACUUGCGCAAGGCUAUGGAGGUCAUUAUACGCAGACACUCUAUGCUUCGCGCUAGAUUUGGUCGGGAUGAUGGUGGAGAAUGGUAUCAGCGAGUUACAGAUGAGGUUACUACUUCUUAUCGACUACGUACUGUUGAAGUGGCAUCGAAAGAUGAGCUGAACCAUUCGCUGCACGACAGCCAGACGUGUCUUGACCCUUCAAACGGCCCCCUCAUUGCUGCCGACCUUAUCGACGAGAUUGGCGAGCAACAGCGUUUAUUCGUGGUCGCGCAUCAUCUAAUCAUCGACCUGGUCUCCUGGAGAAUUAUUCUUCAAGAACUAGAGGAGUUGCUGUUACGACCUGAGGCUGCUCGCGAUAUGGACCGUCCUUUGGCUUUCCAGACCUGGUGCAAGAUGCAGCAAGACCAUGCUACUGCCCAGACACCAGAGCAGGCCCUCCCUAUCCACGGUAUCCCUGAUGGCAACGUUGGCUACUGGGGUAUGGAGAAUGUGCCCAACGUCUAUGGACAGAUGACUGGUAAGGGUUUCGAGAUUGGGCCUGCGCAGACAUCUUUGUUAUUAUCCAAGUGCCACGAAGCUUUGCGCACUGAGAUUCCAGAUGUUCUUAUGGCGGCUAUGAUCUUCUCCUUUGGGCAGACAUUCACCGACCGUCCCAUCCCGGCUAUUUUCGCUGAGGGACACGGUAGAGAGUCUUGGGACCAUUCCACCGACUUGUCCAACGUGGUUGGAUGGUUCACAACAAUCUACCCUGUCUUUGCCGGCUCUGAUGCAUCGACCAGCCUUAUCGACACCAUCAAGAUGGUCAAGGAUCGUCGACGCAAGAUUCCCGAUAGUGGACGACCAUACUUUGCUAGCCGCUGGUUGACACAGGCGGGUGAGGAGGCCUUCUCGCGUCACUGGCCAUUGGAGAUGACCUUCAAUUACCUCGGGCAGUAUCAACAGCUUGAGCGUGAGGGUGCUCUCUUUACUCCAGUAGGUGAUAUUGCGGGAGAGGUCAGGAGUGCUACCGCUGGCGCCGAUGUCGGACCAUUGACGACGUGCAUUUCUCUGUUCGAAGUGUCUGCAGUCAUCAUCAAGGGUACUCUACGGUUCUCCUUCUUGUUCAACGAGAACAUGCGCCAUCAACCAGAGAUUCGCCAGUGGAUCGCUUUGUGCCAGCAGAACCUUGGCCAUCUGAUUGAGUCAUUGUCUGUCAUGGCCUCAGAGCCAACAUUGAGCGACUUUCCGCUGCUGUCUUUGACCUACGACCGUCUUCAUCUGCUCACGCAAGAGAAGUUACCCGAGGCCGGCAUCGAGGAUGUCAGUCAAGUCGAGGACGCAUAUCCUUGUUCCCCAAUGCAAUCAGGUCUUUUGGUCAGCACGACAAAGGAUAGCGCUACUUACGCUGCGUAUACCCUCCAUGAAGUCAAGACUAGGAGUGGUCUACCAGUGGAUGUGGCGAAGCUUGCGAGUGCCUGGAGGCGCAUGAUUGCGUACCAUCCUAUGUUACGAACCAUCUUUGUGGAGAGUGUGACUCUUGAGGAUUCUCUCUACGACCAAGUGGUUUUGAAAGAGGUUCAAGCUCCACUCAUCAUGUCUGAGAUGGAGACAGACGAGGAGGUAGUCCGCAGUCUUGAUGUGCCACGACACCAUGAGGAUUACUCUCCACUCCUACACGUCUUUGAGAUUUGCAAGUCCAAGACAGGCAAGGUCUUUUGCAAGCUCGAUAUCAGCCACGUUAUCAUGGACGGUACUUCUCUCUCCAUCCUCUUCCGCGACCUAUCCCUCGCGUACGCCGGCAUCCUGGCGUCAGAUAAAGGUCCUCCUUACAGAGAUUACAUCAGACAUCUCCAGUACCAGGUGUCUGAGCCAGAGCCGUGCCAUUUCCCCGUUCUUGACGACGGUGAGGUUGUGGAGGCGAAAGAGUUGAGGCAUUUCAGAGUCAAGUUCGACGAGUUGGCUCAGCUCCAGAACUCAUGUGACGAGCGCGGUGUCACCAUAGUGAACGCCAUUUACGCAGCCUGGGCACUAGUUCUGCGUCUCUACACUGCUUCAGAUGAAGUUUGUUUCGGUUAUAUCACCUCUGCGCGCGACCUGCCGAUCGAAGGCAUUCGCGAUGUCAUCGGACCUGUUAUCAACAUGGUGACGUGCCGUGCAAACAUGAGCACUUCGACCACUCUAGGCGACGUGAUGGCUCUCGUGCAAAAUGACUUCCUAGACAGUCUAGACUACCGCCACAUCCCCCUCGCCCAAGUCCAACACGCCCUGCAUCUUUCCGACACUGCUCUGUUCAACACAGCGCUGUCGUACAGAAAACUGCCCCCCCCACCGCAGAACCCUCCGGACAUUGUGUUUGACGAGGUUCGUCCCACGUAUGAUCCUGAUGAGUACGACGUGUCCGUCAACAUCGAGGCUGGCGAGGAUGAUAUGGCUGUUGAUCUAAUGUACUGGUCGGAUACCAUGUCAGACGGUCAAGCUACCAAUGUUGCCAACGCUUUUACGACGGCGCUUAGCAAUAUCCUUCACCACGCCGACCAGCCUGUUGGCCAGCUUGACCAUCUCGGUCCUCACCACCGCCAGCAAAUCUCACAGUGGAACCAACACAUGCCCGAGGCUGUUGAGAGAUGUGUGCACGAGCUGUUCCAACAACAGGUCAUGCUACGUCCUGAUGCCCCUGCUAUUGCUUCAUGGGAUAUGGACUUUACCUAUGCUGAGCUCGACGACGCUUCCACCAAGCUGGCUCAUCAUAUCGCUGCCCUAGGUGUGGGCAUUGAGACCUUUGUCCUUGUCUGCUUUGACAAGUCGGCCUUUGCCAUCGUGGCCAUGCUGGCCAUUCUGAAGGCUGGUGGUGCUUGUGUUCCCCUGGAUCCAGCUCACCCUGACGCUGCCAUUAGACUUCGUGCUGAGGAUACCCGUGCUCCCAUCGCGCUUGUUUCACCCAAGAUGGCCUCUCGAUUUAGCACUCUGGUCGAUACCACAGUUGUCGUGGAUAACUCCCUCCUUCAGACCAUCUCAGUGGGUGAGACUCUUCCCCAGGUCAACCCUCACAACGCAUGCUUCGUCAUCUACACCUCUGGAAGCACUGGCCGACCCAAGGGUGUGGUACUGGAGCACAGGGGACUUGCUACCAACGCCAUGUGCUCCGGCCCGAAGCUUGGCUACAGCGAGAGUUCACGAGUACUCCAAUUCGCCUCUUACACUUUCGACAACAGCCUCGCCGAGAUCUUCAGCACAUUUACUCUCGGAGGCUGCGUCUGUGUGCCAUCAGAACACGAGAGAUUCCAUGACCUGGCCGGGGCUAUCAACCGUUACCGCGUUACGAUGGUUGACAUCACUCCCACUGUCGCAUGUCUCCUCAACCCAGCGGAUGUCCCGACGUUGAAGACUCUGGCUCUUGGUGGGGAGGCUGUGACCCACAAGUGUGUCAGUAUCUGGCGUGACUUUGUGUCUCUGCAAUGUUGUUAUGGACCGUCUGAGUGUUCUGUCAACUCAACCUACUCGGGUGAAAUUGCUCAACCAGGGAAGGCUACCAACAUUGGCCGUGCUGUCGGUGGCGUCACUUGGGUAGUGGACGCUGCUGAUCAUAGUCGCUUGGUUCCUAUCGGUUGUGUGGGAGAACUCCUGAUCGAUGGUCCUAUUGUUUCUCGUGGUUACCUCAACCUGCCUGAGAAGAUGGCCGAGUCUUUUAUUGCACCACCUGCCUUCUUGGAAGACAUGUCCCUGACCGCGGACGUGGCUCGCAAACUUUACAAGACUGGUGACUUGGUGCGAUACAACUUUGACGGUACACUUACCUACCUUGGACGCAAAGACACCCAGGUCAAGCUCCAUGGACAACGCAUUGAACUGGAGGAGAUUGAGCAUCACAUCGAGACAAGCUUACCCCAAGGCUGGGAUUCUGCUGUCGAGCUUGUUGUGUUGGAUGGCAGAAAGGCACUGGCCUCUUUUAUUUGCGCCGACGCAGAUGUAUCCCACCAGGAUGGAAGCGAAGAGAGCACUGUACUGCCAAUGGAUGAUUCCUUCAGGAUGCGAGCCAAGGAUCUUGAGAUGGUGCUCUUGAACGCUAUACCUGCUUACAUGAUCCCAUCCGUCUGGUUUCCCGUGUCCAAGAUGCCCAUGACUUCGUCAGGAAAGCUGAACCGUCGUCUUCUCCGAUCGCUAGCACAGGCUGUUCCGACAGCGCUUAUUACCUCCUACAAGCUGGCUUUGAAGAGCGGUAGAGCUCCGUCUAGCGACAUGGAGAAGCAGUUGGCUGGCAUGUGGGCCAAGGUACUGAGUAUCGAUGUCAACACUAUUGGAGUCGAGGAUCACUUCUUCAGACUUGGCGGUGACUCCAUCGCCGCGAUGCAAUUAGUGACGUUAGCCAGAAAGUCAAACAUUAACCUCACCGUCACUCGAAUCUUCAACAAGGUUUCUCUGCUGGAUAUGGCCGAGUCAGCACUGCCCUUGUCUCGAGCUGCGGCCACAUCUGUGAAGCCAUUCUCACUUCUCCCUGGGGUAGUUUCGUUGGAUACAUUGCAACAUGAAGUUGAAGCCUCUGCCCAGAUUGAUGCCGCGGCGAUUGAGGAUAUCUACCCUUGUACUGCCAUGCAAGAAGGUCUCGUAGCGCUGUCAGCUGGGAGCCCUGGAGCCUACGUCGCCCAGUUCAUCUUCCGUAUCCCUGAUGGUACGGACAUGGAAAACUUCAAAAUGGCUUGGCAGCUCGUGGUACAGGCUGAGCCAACACUACGGACGAGACUAGUCCAGACAACCAAUGCUGGUGUUGUGAACGUGGUAGUGACUGAUGACGCUCCCCAGUGGUCCACCAUUGGGAGUCUUUCCGAUGCGGAAGAUUCUCGGCGUCAGAUCCCACUUCACAACGGCGCACGGCUAGCUGACUAUAGCCUCCUUGAGGACGAUUCGCAAACCCUGUUCGUAUGGACUAUCCACCACGCCCUCUACGACGGUUGGUGUCUUCCCCUCAUUCUUGACAAGGUCAAGCAGUGCUAUCAGAACCUCCAAACCUCCACUCAGCAACCCAGUCUCAGCGGUCCCAAGUACUCGACCUUCAUUCGAUAUCUCUCCGAGGUUGAUGCCAGUCAAGACACCAAGUUCUGGGGAUCCUAUCUCUCCGAUAUCUCGACUCAGCACUUUCCUCGCCUUCCGUCCCCAGACUACAAGCCCAGCGCAAGUGGUCUUAUCAUUCACAAGACCGACUUCAAAGCUGAGUCAUCUGGAUCGGGCAUCACCACAGCUACCAUGAUCCGCGCAGCCUGGGCCUUGACAGUCUCUGCAUACUCGGCUGCAGAUGAUGUCGUCUUCUGGGAGACUGUAACAGGUCGUGAUGCUCCCGUUGAUGGAAUCGAGGACAUGGUCGGUGUGACAUUGGCCACUGUCCCUACCCGUGUGAGACUCAACUCUUCACAGAAGGUAGUUGACCUUCUCGACACGGUCCAGUCUCAAUCCGCAGCAGUCAGAGUGCACCAGUUCGCUGGCAUCCAUCGCAUCAGCCGUAUCAACUCCGAUACAGCCUUUGCUUGUACCGCGCAGAAUCUCCUGGCCAUCAACUACGGACCUCGACAGUCGACAGAUUCUUUCUGGUGCGAAGAGACCAACGAGAUGGCCGGCACCAACUUUUACUCUUACCCUCUCAUGCUCUCUUGCCACGUUUCGGAUGGCGAGCUUGAAAGUGUUGUUCACUUCGAUCCCAACAUCAUCUCUGAGUCGCAAAUGCAACGCGUUAUGGAUCAGUUCGCAUUGAUGUUGGCGUCGGUCACAUCUUCAGAGCUGAAAAAGGAGAAGCUCAGCGAUCUUGACAUGAUCAGUGCUCGGGACUACCAGACACUCUCUGACAUGGCUCGACUUGCACCACCUGCUAUGAAAAUAUUGGUGCACGACGCUAUCAAGACCACUGGAGAAGCCCAGCCACAGGACAAGCUGGCUGUCUGCGCGUGGGACCAGAACCUCACUUACGCUGAGCUGGACUCUCAAUCCACACGUCUUGCAUCCAUUCUGGUCGAGGCUGGUAUUGGCGCCAACUCUUUUGUUCCCUUCUGCAUGGAAAAGUCAUAUUUGGUCGUUGUUUCUAUGCUAGCCAUCCUCAAGGCAGGGUCUGCCUUUGUGCCAUUGGACUAUGCCCAUCCCGACGCCCGUAUCAGCGGUAUCCUUGACGAUGUUGAGGCUACCAUUGUCCUAUCUUCCCCUCAGUACGCCGAGCGCUUGACAAAACUGGGAACAAAGGUCAUACCUAUCUCAUCUACCUUGAUACAGAGCUCCACGCCAUCUGAACACCAUGCUGUCACUUUGUCUGUCAAGUCCCCAUGCUACUGCAUCUUCACAUCUGGUACGACCGGCAAGCCAAAGGGUACCGUCAUUGACCACUCUGCUUUCUGCACUGGAGCGACGGCCCAUGGAUCAGCUAUGGGUAUGAACGAGUCGUCUCGGGUCUUGCAGUUUGCCUCGCAUACCUUUGAUGCAAGCAUCAUGGAGACCUUUAGCACUCUGAUCCACGGCGGAACUGUCUGUGUGCCGUCUGACGAUGAACGCAUGCACGAUAUUGCAGGGGCCAUCAAUCGCAUGGACGUUAAUUGGGCUCUGUUGACACCCUCUGUCGCUCAGUUGAUUGAGCCGUCUGUCGUUCCUGGACUCAAGACAUUAGUACUUGGUGGAGAGGCUAUGUCUCGCUCGCAUAUCUCUGCCUGGGCACCAUCUGUCCAGUUGAUGAACGCCUAUGGACCUAGCGAGACCUCUGUGGUCGCCACCGUCAACCCCAGUGUUGGGAUUUCUUCCAGUCCUUCCAACAUUGGCCGUGCUGUAGGAGGUCUCUGCUGGAUUGUCGAUGCUGCCAAUCACGACAAGCUUGUACCUAUCGGCGUCAUCGGUGAGCUUGUGGUAGAGGGGCCGAUUCUCGCACAAGGCUAUCUCAAGAACCCUGAGAAGACCACCGAGUCUUUUAUCACCAACCCGUCAUGGUGCAGCAAGUUCACCAGUGAAGCCUCCACUAGCGAGCGUAGGUUCUACAGGACUGGAGAUCUGGCUAGAGUGGAAGAUGACGGAUCCAUUGAGUUCCAAGGACGAAAGGAUAACCAAGUCAAGAUCAACGGUCAAAGACUUGAGCUGUCUGAGAUUGAGCAUCACCUGAGCGUUGACCCCGCCGUUCAAUCCUGUCUAGCAUUCGUCCCGUCCUCUGGAACGUUGAAGAGCCGUCUCGUCGGCAUUCUAUCGCUUCAAUCCUCUGCCCCCACCGGGGAGAUGACCGGAGAAGAAGGAAUGCAGCUCGUCGACUUUGCGCCAUCUCAGUUGACAACCAUUCGUGAUACCCUCGCUGGACACUUGACUGCUUACAUGAUCCCAUCUACAUGGAUCAUCGUUAACCACAUUCCUCUCCUACCUUCUGGCAAGCUUGAUCGCCGACACACAGCCAACUGGGUUGAAGGCAUGACAUCUGAGCAGUAUCAGAAGAUCCUCAGCGCCCAAGACCAGGACAAGACAUCGGGUCUCACUCUAGACCGUGACGCUACAGCCAUCGAGACAAAGCUUAGAGCUGCCUGGGCCAAGGUCCUCGGCAUCGCUGUUGACAGCGUGCCAUUUACACGCUCAUUCAUCCGACUGGGAGGCGACUCCAUCUCAGCGAUGCAGCUCAUGGCCAUCUGCAGAUCCUCCAACAUGGCUGUUUCCGUUAGUCAGAUCAUGCGAAGCAAGUCCAUCAUCGAACUUGCGUCGUUCGUGGCAGCUGUGGAGGAUGUCAUACAGGAUAACGAAGAGGAGGAGAAAUCUUUCCCUCUUUCGCCUAUUCAGAAGAUGUACUUUGAUAUCAUGCUUUCUGGGUCUACUCACUUCAACCAGAGUGUACUUCUGGAGACGACGCGCAACAUCACAGCUAGGGAGUUGUCGACUGCUUUGGAGACUGUCAUCAAGACGCAUAGCAUGCUACGUGCUCGCUUCUCUUGUGAUGAUGGCAGUUACUCUCAGCGCAUCACCUCUGAUGCCGUUGGCUCGUACACUCUUCGAUCUAAUGCAGGCGUUGACGACCUUGGUAUUUCUCAGUUGAUCGAAGAAAGCCAAAAGAGCCUGGACAUCUUAAAAGGGCCACUCGUCGCCGCCAACAUCGUGGAGAUGGCGGACUAUUCCAAGCAAGUCGUCUUCUUUGCCAUUCACCAUCUCGUCGUCGAUGUUGUCUCUUGGAACAUUAUCCUCCAGGACCUGGAAACACUGCUAUCAUCACCCACCUCAAGGCUAUCAAAGCCACUUUCUUUCCAGACCUGGAACUCCCAGCAACUGGAGGAGGCUCGGGAUAAUACACAUGAGAGGGUAUUCCACGAUAUCCCUGUACCUUCACAGGAUCUCUCAUACUGGGGAAUGCAAUCUGUACCCAACCUCCACGGCGAUGCAGUCACCAAGACUGUAGAGAUGCCUGCCGACGAGCUAUUGGGCUCUUACCAUGAGACGCACGACACUGAUGUUGUCGAUGUCUUGCUUGCCUCUCUGCUCGCCUCGCUCCGUCAAACCUUCUCCGACCGAUCUUCUCUGCCAUCCAUCUUCAACGAGGGUCACGGUAGAGAGCCAGUAGACAACAAGCUAGACUUAUCGCGCACCGUUGGCUGGUUCACCACUCUCUGCCCCGUCUACCUACCCGAGACCAUGCCUGUAGAGCCCGAUCUGCUUGACAUUGUACGUUGGGUGCGGGAUUUUAGACGCAAAAUUCCUGGCAAGGGCCGACCCUACUUUGCGCACCAGAUGCUGUCCGAAGCAGCUCAGUCCUCAAGUUGGCCCGCCGAAAUCGCGUUCAACUUCCUCGGCCAAACACAAAAGACUGAAUCUGAAGCGUCAGUGUUCAAGUCAGCUGGCAGCAUGUUCGACUCGACAACUUCUGAGACAGACAUUGGAGCUGAUGUGCCACGCCUCGCACUGAUCGAGAUUUCUGCGUCUCUCUGUGGAAACACGCUGAGCUUCAACUUUACCUUCAACCGCCACAUGCAGCGUCAAUCUGGUAUUCAGGACUGGCUUAGCAGCUUCUCCGAUUCCAUCCACCAGACUGUCAAGAGGCUGUCUGCAGCUAGUACUGAACAGCAAACACCCGAUAUUUCUCUCCUCCCCUUGUCCUUUAGCGGCGCAUCAAAAGUCGAGACAAGACUUGCCGAACUCGGUAUUUCGUUCAGUGACGAGGUUGAAGCUGUCUAUCCCUGCUCCCGCGUCCAACAGGGUAUCCUUUUGGCUCAGGUCAGGAACCCUGAGUACUAUUCGUACUCCGUCUCUUUCACAGUGAACCCCACUCAACCUGGUCAAGCAGUCGACGUCCAGUCACUAGCAGAGGCCUGGCAGCGCGUUGUUCAGUAUCACUCUACUCUCCGGACUGUUUUCGUCGAAGGUCUUUUGGAGGAGGGUGACAUCGAUCAGGUUGUUCUACACCACCAUUUCUCCGCCGUUUCUAUCUUUGAGUGCUCCGACGAUGAGCGACUUGAGAAGAUGUCUGAUCGCUCUCCACUACCGGUCAUGAGCAACACACCGCCACACCAUCUCACUGUUUUCAAGACUGGAGACAAGGUCACCUGUGUUCUGGAGAUGAGCCACGCCAUAUCCGAUGGAACGUCUAUGCCAAUCCUGUUCCGUGACUUGGCCUUGGCUUACAAACAGUCGCUGCCUUCCACAAGCAUCUCUGUCUACAAAGAUUACGUCUCUCAUUUACAAGACCAGUCUUCUCAUGACGUUAAGUACUGGCAAGACUACUUAAUGGGCGCCGAGCCAUGCCAUCUACCAUCACUCUCUGGAACUACACAGCCCAAGGUAUUGAGAUCUCUCGAUCAGCCUAUCUCUCAUGCAGCCCAGCUACAGGCAUUCUGUACCGAGAGAGGCGUGACGCUUUCCAACCUUCUCCAGCUCACCUGGGCCCUGGUCCUCCAAGCUUACACAGGCCUUGACGACGUGUGCUUUGGAUAUCUCGUUGCAGAGAGAGAUGUCCCGGUUCCUGACAUGGACAAGGCAAUUGGCGUUUUCAUCAGCAUGCUAGUCUGUCGUAUGCGUCUCUCUCCAUCUUCAACCAUCGGAGAUGUCCUCACUACUGUACAAGAUGACCUCAGUGCAGCCAUGAGCUACAAGAACGUUUCACUCGCCGACAUCCAGCGCGUGACUGGCUUAGCCAAUGAACCCCUCUUCAACACUGCCUACUCGUUCCAGCGACGAUCCGUCAACAAGUCCAUGGCAACUGGACCUCUAUCAUUUGACGUCAGUGACGCUCAGGACCCCAAUGAGUACGACUUGACCGUCAACGCCGAAGUCUGGGACUCCACUGCGGAGCUACAGCUGUGUUACUGGACAGACAAGGUAUCUGACUCACAAGCCAAGAAUAUCGCUUGCACGUUUGAUCAGAUCUUGACUUCGAUCAUCACAUCCAAUGCCUCUCUCCCAACAGACCAGCUCAACAUUCUUAGCGACCAUUGCGCGCAGCAGUUGACCUCUUGGAACGACACCGAGCCAGAGUUCUUGAACGACUGCGUGCAUCACGUCUUUGAGCGCAAUGCUCAGCAUCUACCCCACGACGCCCCGGCUAUCGAGGCCUGGGAUGCCAGUCUGACUUAUCGUGAGGUCGAUGGUGCGGCUUCUCAGCUUGCCCAGCACUUGGUAUCUCUCGGCGUCACACCCGAGACAUACAUCCCUCUGUGCUUCGAGAAGUCGGCCUGGGCACCCAUCGCCAUGCUCGCAGUUCUCAAGGCCGGCGCUGCUUUUGUCCCGGUCGAUCCCGGUCACCCACCUGAGCGAAUCAGCUUCCUAAUCAAUAACAUCGAUGCCAAGCUCAUUCUUUGCUCACCAUCCCUGGUGGAUAAGUUUGCAAACAUGGACAUUCCAGCCCUUGCUGUCAGCCAGGAAACAGUCUCUUCCCUAUUCGCGUCACCAACCUCCCCUUCGGUCGAAGUUCAAACACAGAACGCUGCGUAUGUCAUCUUCACAUCAGGAACAACCGGUGUACCCAAGGGCACAAUCAUCGAGCAUGCAGCAUUCACUACAGGUGGCACUUCUCAUGCCCGAGCCAUCCACAUGACCUCAUCCUCUCGCGUUCUGCAAUUUGCGUCACACACCUUUGACGCGAGCAUCAUGGAGAUUCUGACCACCUUCCUCGUCGGUGGCUGUGUUUGUAUUCCCUCUGAUGAGGAGCGCAUGAACGACUUGGCUGGUGCCAUCGCCAAGUACGAUGCCAACUGGGCCUUACUCACACCUUCUGUGGCAAAUGUUCUCAAGCCAGGUAGCGUUCCAGGCCUCAAGGUACUCGCUACCGGUGGUGAAGCAAUGUCAAGAGACCACAUCACCAAAUGGUCAAGCCACGCUGCUCUUAUCAACGCCUACGGGCCUAGCGAGGCUUCAGUUAUUGCUGCGGCGCACACAAAGGUCGAUCAGCAUGGCAUUAUCGUGAACCGAGAGCCUGCUACUAUCGGACACGCUGUCGGAUGUCGCUCUUGGGUCGUCGAUCCACGCAACCACAAUCGUCUCAUGCCCAUUGGAGGUAUUGGAGAGCUUGUUGUUGAAGGACCUAUCGUUGCAAGGGGAUAUCUGAGCAACGAGACCAAGACGAGAGAGGCUUUCAUUGAUCAUCCACCGUGGCGCGUUAACACCAGACUUUCCGGUGAUCGCGUGGACAGGAUGUACAAGACAGGUGAUCUGGUGGUAUACAACUCUGACGGCUCCUUGAACUAUGUCUCGCGCAAGGACACACAGAUCAAACUCAACGGCCAACGUAUUGAACUUGGUGAGAUUGAACAUCACGUCAAG